ACUAAAAUCAAAUGAAUAUACGUGCUUAAUCUAAUAAAUAAAUAAUUACCUGUACAUAUUCAAAAUAUUGAAAUAAAUUAGAGGCAAAAUGCUACUGGCCGAGUAUAAAGCUAAAUACAGGAAGUCAAACUGUCACUUGUUGCCAUAGCAACAGAAAUUGUUUAUUCGAUCAUUUAAGGUUAUAAAGUUCUCAAUAUUCUUAGAAGAUUACAAAGAUUUAAUAAAUCGGUUAUCAUAGGAAAAUAUGGAAGAAUUAGAUACUCCCCAAAUAAUUACACAUAUUGAACACAAUAUUAACCAUUCCAUAUUCGACUGCAAAUGGAUUCCUUGUUCAGCAAAGUUUGUUGUUAUCGGUUCUUUGCCAAAAGGAACUGGUACAUUAGAAGUGUAUGAAAUCACGUCUGGUGAAAUCCGGAAGAUAAAGGAGAUAGAGAGGCCAAACUCUUUUAAAUGUGGAACGUUUGGCGCAAGCAAUGAUGUUGAAAGAAGAUUAGCAACUGGUGAUUUCAAAGGCACUUUAGAAAUAUGGGAUCUGGAGAAAAGUUGCCAAAUGUAUAUUACAAAGGAGCACACAGAUAUUAUAAAUUCUAUUGAUGGGAUGGGCGGGAAUGUCAAUAACUGUGGUGCCCCUGAAAUUGUUACUGGCAGUCGUGAUGGUACAGUAAAAGUAUGGGACCCUCGCCAAAGAGGGAAACCAGUAGCAAAUAUGCAACCAGUUAAAGGGGAAUCAAAGCGUGACUGCUGGGCGGUCUCCUUUGGUAACUCCUUCAAUGAUGCAGAGAGGAUUGUAGUUGCUGGUUAUGACAAUGGAGACCUUAAGAUGUUUGAUUUAAGGACCAUGUCUCUUCGCUGGGAAUGUAAUUUGAAAAAUGGAGUAUGCUCAACUGAAUUUGAUCGCAAAGAUAUUCCAAUGAAUAAACUGGUUGCAACUACUUUAGAAGGAAAGUUCCAUGUUUUUGAUGUUAGAACACAAAAUCCUACGAAAGGUUUUGCUCAAGUAAGUCUUAUCUGUUCAAGCCGUCCUAAUAACAUGUAGCCGCACCGCACGACUACAUACCUACCAGUUACCAGUACCACCGAAUACCUUACCAUAUACCUUCCACAAUACCUUUACCAAAAGUUUUAGACUUACUUCGUUUUAGAAACAAGAAACAAAUUGUCUUGAAAAAGACAGUUU